AAGCUCGGCUUGGUUCAGCACCUGCAGUGCCACAUUCCGUCCAUACGCAGAGUACCUGCAACAAGGGAAGUAUUACACUAGUCAGAUCGCUACUGCUGUGUCUCAGGUGCAAUGCUAGGGGCUGCGCGUCUUCAAGGCAAUUCCUAAACCAGCAAUUGGUGGACAUGAACAUCUUCCUGUUCAGAUGUGAAGAAGACUCAUAACUCUAUUAAUGGAGAUACGUCCCCUCAUAUCCACGUCUGUCGCUUCCACAGCUUCUCGGCGGUGUAGAUUUAAAUUGCCGACAAAAAGUUUUACAGCUCACCUUUGCAAUACAGCUCCCGUCUUGCAUUGUCGCUCCAUUACUCAUCCCAUCUGGUACCGUCUGAGGAGAAUUUGGAGGAGUAGGGGUUUACCUGUCCUCAGUCGCACAUCCUUCUGGAGCAUCUUAGGGCUACACUGUCUCAACGCUUCGCCUUUGUCUUGCGUGUGCUUAGUAAUCUCGUGGGUCUUGGGUUAUCAUCCUCUGUUGGACGGACGUCUGCCAAAGGACCGCGAUAUUCGGGUUCUCCUGGCCAUCGUGUCUGUUGACGGCAAUGCAUUUUUCGAAGACGUUGUCAGUACGAUCAUGAGCGCACUCAUGUAUGCCAUCGCUAUCGAAGUUUACGAGCCCAUGAUUGUUUGCAUCACGUAAUGUUUGAGUGCAUGCACUAUCCUCCUCUCAGUUGAUGUCUUGAAAUGAUAUUUGCAGAUGUAAUCGGGAGUGAACUGCGAUAUCCACGUUGGGAACCUUGAAAGGUAAGCGGGUACCUGCAGGUAGCAGGGCCGAGUCUGUUCAGCGAUCUGUGUCAUGUGACUGUUCGACAGCAAGCCUGGA